AUGGUUGGCGUUCCUGGGAAGUUUAAAGGCUGCGAAACCUGCAGGAUGUGGAGAGUCAAGUGUGACAAUGCGCGCCCGUUUUGCAAGAAGUGUGUCGACACCGGUAGGGACUGCGCCGGCUACGAGCGAGAGACAGUUUUUAUCGUCGGAACACAGGAGGACGGAGGUCGCUGUUCGUCCCAUCCGCCGCGGGUUAUCAAGAUGAAGAAAGGCUCUAGCAGCAGCCAACACAAGGGCUCUGCUACCAGCACAACAUCCAGUCCGGGAUCUUCAUCGACAUCGCCUUCGUCCUCGAAACAGCCGAGAUCAUCUCGACAGACAGCCUCCGAGACUUCUCCUUUCCCUGUGUAUGAUCAACACGGCCUGGUGCCUGUUCACCCACCCCGCCCGGCAUGGGAUAACAGCAUUACCCUUCUGGGUGGAGGAAUUGCGUAUACCACUUCGAUUGCCGCCCUCGAGACACGCGUCCAUUCUCUCCUUCAACAAACGGUAGUCGAAGAUCCAGACAGUAGCAGCUCCUUUGUCUUCUCGGCUAUGCCGCAUUAUUUUCCUGCGGACGUCCAGCAGACAUUGCAUGGGUCCGACUUUCAGCUUCAUUCACAAUGUAUGGUGCACUUGUCAUCGCCUGCUGCCCUUGGUGGAAAUACAGGUUUCGGAUUCGAUUCAACGACAGCAGACAAUGUCUGUAUGCUACUCUACGAGAUAUUUUCUGCCUUACUCAGCCGUACGGAUACCUUCCUUUUAGAACAAGAAUGGAUGGAUGGGCCGUGGGAAGUGCAUCCUAAGGCGUGGUUCGAUCAGCUCUUGGAUAUUGUAGCACAAGUCCCUGCCAUCCUAGGCCAGACCGAUCAGAUCGCACCUCACCCUCCGACCAUAGAACGGCGCAUGAUGGCCCAGAAUCUGUUGGGAAAGUGUCUUCGCGUCGAACACAACCUGCACCAGUGGCGCCGCAAUAUACAAGAGGGUGGGGGGGUCGGAUAUGGGCCGAGUGUCUGGCAGAGCCACGCUGGCAACAUGGAUGGUGUGAUGCCUUUUACAGACACGAUCGCCUUUCGUGAUUCCACCACAGCUAUCAUGUUUGUGACCUACUGGGCCACGCUGGUGCUGCUCUACCCGUGCAUCGAAUGCCUCUAUGCCACCCUUUUUCAGCCCGUACUCGAUGCCCUUCCCUCUACGUUUCCCGAUUUGCCACCCAACCUGUACAUUCCGGAUCCCUCGAAAUACAGUGCCAACAACGUGAUGGAUCUUUCGGCAAGCGUGUGUCGCAGCCUGGACUUUGCCCUGGCUUCUACUGUACAGCCAGAUUUGUUGACGGUACCGCUCUUCAUCGUAGAGGCCUACUACCGGGACAUCAAUGCCUCGUCUGGCGACGGCACUUUUGAGCUACUAUGGUGUGGCGCCUUUCGAAACCGUCUUGCCAUUAGAGGCCAAGAUAUCGCGAACAUGAUGCAGAGCAGACAGUGGAUGGACGUUGCACAGUAUUAG